GCGGCUCCCACCCGACGCUCACCGACAUUCCCCCAGCUUUCUGUUUGCUGGUCAGUCAUCUCUACGCUGUCCUGUGAUGUGGGAGACCCCCGGACCCCUGCUCAGGAUGAAACCGAGACCUCUCCUCACCCUACUGAUCCUCCACACCUUCCUCCUGUCCACUCCUUGGGCUUUCCCCGAACCUCCAGGGCAAGGUGCUGAAAGGCAGGGAGUCAUCUACAUAUCUCCAGUGAAGAUGACACUGGACCCCCGAAGCAGUGUGAAGAGGGGGGAGCACGUUGCUGUCGUCUGCGAGGGUCGGGUCAGCUACUCGUCACAAGUUACUCGCAGUCACAAGGUCACCUUCUUUAAGGAUGGUGAAGCCUUGGACACCAGGGAGACGCAAGAUAUCACAGUGUCAUUUAAUAUAAUGAGUGCCAGAGUUUCACACUCGGGGAGAUACAAGUGUCGCGUUGAAGCAGAAGACAAGAACAGCGACAGUUCAGAGGUACUGCUAACUGUCACAGGUCUGCAGACCCCUGAACUUAGCAUCAGCGAAAGCCGCAUUCCCGAGGACCGGGGGGUGACGGCCACCUGCCAUGCCCGUGACGAGCUCGGCGCCUCCUUUGCUUUCUACUUCUACGAGAACGGUGAAGAAAUCAAAUACUCUCCGAGUGAUAAAAAUGAGUUUAAAGUCCAGUUGAACUUCACGCCGGGAAGGAAGACCCUGCGGUGUCAGUAUGCCGUGCGGCUGGCGGACAAUAUCGUGAAAUCGGAAAUGAGUGAGAACAUCACCAUAGAUGUGGAAGCGCUGUCUAUUAAAGCAGACAUUUCAGUUUGGCCUAACAGAAAUGUUGUUGAAGGAGACCAUUUGGAGGUGAACUGUACUGUCAGUGGGAGCAACUCAAGUGUACAUAUGCGCCUAUUGACGAACAAGUGGCAUCAGGAAGGAAAUAACACAGUCAGCAGAGGGCUGACUGCCAAACCCCAAGAUUCUGGUCGUUAUGAAUGUAUAUUAACGACGGGAAACGUGAGGAAGACCGCUUCAGCCAAUGUAAGUGUAACAGAGCUGUUCUCAGAGCCAGUGAUGACCAUGAAUCCGCCACUGGUGUUUGAGGGGAUGCAGUUCAAUUUCAGCUGCUCCAGCAAGACCAUAAUGACAAGCAGAAUCAGCCACGGAGAUGUAAUGUACACGAUAUCUAAAGACGGCCGGUCCUUCAAGGCCGAUAGCAUGAUGACGGCAGCAAAAUCCUUUGAUGGCAAUUACAGCUGCCUCGCUGAAGCCAGAGGAAUUUCCAAAAGCAGCAGAGAUUUCAUAUUCAAAGCAAAAGAGCUGGUGUCGACCCCUAAGUUAGAGGUCUUGGAUAAGGUGGUCUUGGGGAAGACAUUACGAAUUCGCUGCCGCUCUGAGCGGGGCUCCCUUCCCAUCCGCUACACCCUGAAGCACGGCCAGCAGUGGGUGGCCAGUGAGACAGUGAGCCAACCCGUAGGCUAUGCUGUCUUCAAUGUCACCAUCAAGGAUGAAGUGGAUAAUCUGGAGUUCUCCUGCCACGCCCAAAAUGACGGCCCUCAGGGAGAGAAUUCGAAACAAAGCCACAGAGUCAUAGUGCCCCCAAGAAAAGUCACAAUUUCACUCCGGGACACCAGGGUGGUACACAUUGAAAGUCACGAAAUUGAGGAGGGGAACAUCGAGGAAGGCGACACGCUGAAAAUUUACUGCAGCGUCCAGAAGGGCAGCCCCCCCAUCACUUUCUCGUGGUACCGGUAUCAGCAGAAACAGGUGCUCUACACCAAGAAGGUCGACAACAAAUUCGGCGUGUACAUAGUGGAACGGGCUGGCAAGGAGCACGAGGGCGGUUACUACUGCAAUGCUACGAACCAAUCAGAUAUGGGUGAAGAAAGUCGCAUCCUCAUCAUUCAAGUGAAGAUGGCCAGUUGGAAGAAGGGCCUGAUUGCCGUCCUCUGUCUCCUGGUCCUGGCUGGUAUCAUCGGUGUUGUCUGGUACAAGGUUAAGAGAGGGCAAAGGAGGAUGGCCACAGACCUGUCAGUAAAGCCUUCGAGCGCUACACCAGAUGACUGUGUCACCGUGAGUCUCCGAAAUAACGCCGACGACGUUUAUUAUUCUAAAGUCGAUACUGAUGUAGCGGAGAGCAACAUCUGGUGCAAGAGCAGCUCUGACUCAGGCUCUGAGCUGAGUGCAGAGGAGGACUCCAGCGACGUGGAGUAUACUGAGGUCAUGCACCCCCAGCCUGCAAACACAGCUCAAGCUCCUUGUAGGAAAGGCACUGAAACUGUGUACAGCGAGCUCCAGAAUUCCUGCCAAGGUGCCGAAUGCAGCAUCGACGACGAGGGGGCAGUGGAGUACAUCCACCUGAACCAUGAUGAAGCGCCGAUCAUGCAGUGAUGGUGGCGCCCCCACCCUGUCGUGCGAGAAACAUCACUUGGCUCGGGGUGCAAUUUGUUAAACCGCAACUACGGACUGUAAUCGAGUACCUGCCCUUUACAUAAACUUUUAGAUCUCACCUGGAAGCAUUUAGGAGAUGGAUCAGAUGCAAUAAUACACACCAUAUUAAUAGCCAGUAGAUAUGACUACAAAAUGCAAGUACUCAUUAGCAUCUUACAGCUCUGCCACAUACUGCUGCAAGUAGUACUCAUUUCCCAGGUUUGCAAGUACUCUGAAAGCUGUGGGAGUAAUAUGGUCACAAACGGCAGGCGACUGUGUUCAUGGGCCCCUAGGCUACAUUUUCCAUGGGCCCCUCUUCUGCCCCCCACUCCCCAAAAGGAUCCAACAAUUUACUAUAAAACUAUUACAUUUUAUAGUAAUUAUAAAAUCAUUUUCACUAAGUGAAGAAGAAGAUGACCAUGUAUCAAAGGACAGCAGUCACAUCAGAAGAACGACAAACCGGCAACCUUUCACAUCAGUCAUAUGCGGCAAUCAGAAAGAGCGUAAGAGAGAGCCCACAGAAUAGACCUAUGUCAAUAGUGGUGUCCUUAAAAUAUUACAAUCUGAUCCAGUGCAUGUCAACAGCACACAAGACAUAUCUACCAUAGAUAGCAUAGAACACAGAUACUGUAACUUUACAGAGAGGGGCAGAUUCCAAAAGAAUAUAAAACAAGUUCUUGCCAUUAGAAUGCUUUCCUUUGUGCAUUUUUGAUAAAGACAGACUCCAUGUAACGGAAACAUACUACGCAUUCCAGAACAUACAACCAAAACGAGCACCAAAAAAGAGAUACAUUUAGAAUUGGUCUCCCCAUUCAGUUUUAAUCAAUCACAAACUCGCGAAAAAUUAACGACCAAUAAAGGAUCACUUGUUAAAAAAUUACUGAUAAAAACUAGAUGGCCCCUGAUCAUUUGGGGCCCUUGCUCUUCAGCCUAGAGAAGCCUGUUCCUCAGUCUGCCCCUGACUGACAUUAGCUGUCCCAACCACAAAGUGCAGUCAGAUUCAUAAACUGUAACCUGAUGGUGAUGACUUUCUUACAGCCAAGCGAGAGGGAAAAAAAGGAUUUUAAAUGAAAAUUUUGAUUAAAUUUUGUGGAAACAAACUACGCAUCGCCGUUUUAUAAAGUGCCUGUUUUGGAAAUGUAUCAGUUCUACUCAGUACCACUUGAGGUCAGUGUGUAUAUAACUCAGAAUAAACGUCGUGCUCUCAGACCGAGAAACUGUCGUCACCGUUAACCGGCUAAAUGCUUUUAUAACAUUUUAUGUAGAGUGUAACUUGGAAGGUAGUUAUCACCUCUCCUACAGCUGCGGUAUCGCAUUUUACUGGAUGACUCAGAGAACAUCGUUCAGGCUGCAAGCGCGCGGUGAGAAGGGAAGUGUGAGAAAAUGGAAACGCAAACAGAGACUUCCUUUCCAGCGCUGUGUGUGGAUGAUAACUGUCACUUCGCCCCUGGCAAACAGACCCAGAUGUCCUAGAGGUCUGAUUCUCAAGAUGGAAAUAUCCGUAUUUGAGCAGAGGAUACAGCGGUAACGGGAAGAGUCUACCUGUGUGAACGGCGAAAAACUUCAAUCAGUAACUAAAAUAAAGGGUUUUCAAUGUCAUGAUACAUAUUCAUACACUUUGAAGUGUUAAAUUUUUAAAUAGCUUUUUUAAGAAUAAACUUUGUGUCAAUAUGAUGGAUAGUCUGCAAGGGGCAGUGUUUUUGUUUUGUUUUUUUAAGGCUGCAUAUAUAUGAAUAUUUUUAAUAUGUUGAUUUCAUUUAGCCAUUGAACUUAUUUAGCCUGUUUUGCCAUACAAAUAGUGUUUCCCUUUCCUUCAUAUUAGUCGAUUUGGGGUAAUCCGUUUAGAUUAUUCAACUUCAAACUCAUUUGUAUACGUUUACUUCAUUUUGCAUAUUUUCUUAUAAAACAACUUAACUGCCAAGAAUUUACUCACCUAACCAUUGUUGCCUUCUCCGUGUAGAAAGUUAGCGGGUCAGCCAGGACCUCUCGUUUGGCAAUGCUGCCCCCUGCCUGUUUGAGUCUGAAAAUGAAGUGAUUUUUAUUAACCAUGCCUCGGUUACACAGUGCAGACUGACUGUCCUGUUUUCCGCAUGUUUUUCCACAUGAGUUUUGUUUACACUCUGUUCCAAAUUAUUAUGCAAAUGCCAUUUUCAAAUGUUUUCCCUAAACCGUCAGCUUGAAUAAAGAUGUAUUUGUAUUA